AAACCGCGAGUGUACCGCCUCUGCGCGAGUGUUGCCCGCGCCGUAUCCCGCGGGGGCCAGCGAUUUCAAGAAUGUGACAGUGCGUGUCCUCACGGUCGGACAAUCGGACGGACGUGGUGCAUCGAGUGAGGAGCAGUGAACAGCAACGGCGGAGCGUCGGCGAUGAUGGAUGUCGGGUACCGUCGUCGCGGUGUCGUGUCACGGUGAAAGAGCACAGCGGCCUGUGGAAACGGAGAGAUAGAAGAAGAAAAAGAAGAAGAAGAAGGACGGACGAUGCGAGCGGAAAAUGUCACUCGGUGAUACGCGCGCACGGAUGACGGGGAGUGAUCGACGGAGCGACGGUCACGAGUCUGAGGUUGUUAGAGUGUCGCCGCGGCGGCGGUGGUGGUGGUGGCAGCGACGGUCGUCGUCGUCGCUACGUGGUGCCGCCGACGCGGUGGUGCCGGCAUUGGCGACGGCACGGGCGCCGGGUCGCCGGGAACGACGUUAUCGCGUCUCUCCGCAGCCGCGGGCAUCAUCGAAAUCGAACUCCUUCUGCCGCUCGACGGCUACGUCGUCGUCGUUGCGCUACUUAUUGUCGCUGCGUCAACAGUUGUUGGCAAGAAUCGCGGCGGGCACCUCCUGAAGAGGGAUUUUUUUUUCGCGACGCGACGUCGCGCCGGGCUAUACUGUAUACACACCGUCUCUCGUAAAGUGCACACGUACACCUACACACACGCGCGCACACGCAAACGUAUACGGCCGCCGGUCGGUGUGCCGGGUCGCGAGGUUAAGGCACCGCGUCGCCCUCGAUACGCGACAGCCGAGGAAAGUAAAGGCCGGGUGUCGUGCGUGCGCCGACCGAUUCGUUUCGUGCUCACCCUCUUUCGUCCCCGCCCCCCCCCACUCUUCUUCUCACCGCAUCGCCUUUCCCCUCUCUCGCCUCCCUCCACGCCUGGUCUCUUCUUUCUCCUCUCUCUUUCUGUCGUAUAUGUGACGGAUAAGAAGCGUACACGACCAUCUAUCAGUAGCAACGCGCUCGUCGUUCGUCGGUGGUAGAGCUUCGCCGGUGACGGUGACGGUGCUGUGUGCGUGCAUGCGUACGUGCGUGCCGCGUGGUGCGUCUUAUAAAACGUCAUCGGGCAACAACGUCCACUGGUGCGAUCCGCGAUGCCGACAGUGGCUGAUGCGCACAGCCGUCGUACAGAUUGCCCGCGAGGAUAUUACGAGAUGUCCGUCGACGAUCUGAGCGAGGACACGUGAGCUGAGAAGCGUCGAGAGGAAAGAACGAGAGGUAAAUGAGAGUUCAAGGUCAGCCGGCAGUGCUGUUGGACUCGUUUACACGGCCAAAAAAACUUAUCCGAAGGAGAAGGCGGGACCGUUCGUCGCUCGUUGGAAGUCGGAAAUAUCACCGGCGGAGAAACGCACACUUGGUCGCCAGCCGGUCGGAGAGAGGACAGGAGAGAGAGAGAGAGAGAGAAGAAUCGGAGGCUCCGCCGUUGUGGACUGUCACACUAUUUCGGGACCGUGAUCCAAAGUGCGCGCGGGCGCAAAUAAGUAUACACGCGAGCUGUGUUGUGUAUGUGUGUGUAUGUGAGAGAGUGAGGGCUCCAUCGUCUGUGAUUUUUUCGUGUGCGUCGGAGAGGUGUUUUCCGUUGACAGUGCGUAUUUGAUGCUCGCUGAAGGGAGUAAAGGAGAAGAAGAAGAAGAAGAAGAAGAAGAAGGAAAAAAAAGAGGAGGAAGGAGACCUCGCGGAGAAGGGUGCUCGAACAGGAAGGUCGCCGGCAGCGAGUUGCUUGCUCGCUUGCGACCGACCGCGUGCAAGACCGCGCGUGUGCGACGAGUGUGCGCGCGUGUGUGUGAGUGUUAUCCAGUCCCCCCCCGGCCGUUGGAGUCUCCUAUUGUUUUCCUACGGCGGCUACGUUGAAAAGGACUGGCCACCAAAUGCGCGUACCGCAAAUCCUAUUUCAUGUUGAUGUUCUGGAGCAAACGGACGGUGCUCACUAGACGUCUGCUAAAGGCCAAGGUCCGUGGGGAGCAUGAAACCGAGUGUGAAGCUCAAGAGGAUUCAUCGUCACGUACGUUUCAUCGCACGAGCAGCAGCAACGCGAGCGGCGCCGCCGCCGGCUACGACAACACGGGCAGUAACAACAACAAAGCGACGACGACGGGCCGACAAGUGAGUAGGGUUACGGCGCGGGGACCAACGUUGUCGGGGAGCGGCGCGGGGGCAGGGGCAGGAGGAGGAGGAGGAGGUGGUGGAGCGGUGGUCUACGGGGGACGCAACACCGCGGCCAGCAGGUUGCAUCAAGGCUGUUGCGGCGGCGACACGAGUCAGGAUGACGAUGAGGAACAGCAGCAGCAGCAGCAACAACAGCUGCAGCAGCAAGAUCCUGGUCGGUUACUGAGAUGUAAGGAACUCCUCAAGUCGCUCAAGGAGAAUCAACUGGAGAUGCUACUCACCGCCGUCGAGAGUUACGGCGCCGACCUAAGCUCCUGCGUUCUCGUGCCGCGUCAGGUCGAGGAUUAUCCGUACGAUCAGCAGCACGAGCAGCAGCAAUAUCACGGCAGCAGGCCGCAUCGUCAUCAUACCCGUCAUUUUCAUCAGCGCCGUUAUCGUCAGUAUCGGCACCACCGCUCCAGCAGGCAUCAUCGCUCGUCCUCCGUCGAGGACGAUCAGGAAAGCUGCUGCUCCGCGUCGGAGGACUCCUCCUCCGCGUCGCCGAUGAGAUCGGCGAGAAACGGUAGCGGUGCCGUCGUGCCGAUCAGAGGAGGAUCAGCAGUCGAGAGGAGCACCGGCGGCCCGUGCGACCCGCACCUCCUCUGUUGCCAGAUCUGGCGGUGGCCAGAUCUCGAGCACUCCUCGGAGCUCAAGAGACUACCUAUAUGUCAUUCCGCUAAAGAUCCCGUAUACAUAUGCUGCAACCCUUAUCACUGGAGCCGACUCUGCAGACCCGAGUCGCCACCACCCCCGUAUUGCCUUAUCGCCGAUAGACUGAGACCCGAAGAUUGUGCACCCAGUGAAGGGGAUCAACGUCGGUGCAGAAACAGCACGCCCCUGCCACUUCCCGGCUCGCUUACCACCAACGGAGAAGGUGAGACAGGACAGAGGGAAUGGUGUACCUUGGCGUACUGGGAAUUGGGCGGCCGAGUUGGUCGUUUGUAUCCUGUGGAACCAUCGACAGUGAACGUCUUCGACUCUCUUCAUGAUGGCGACGGUCUCUGUUUAGCGACUCUGGUUGAAAAUCACAAUGCUCCGCCCGCGGUCCAGCGUACGCGCAGCAAAAUCGGCCUUGGACUAACGCUCAGUCAGGAAGCGGACGGUGUAUGGGCGUACAAUCGAUCGGAAAGCCCAAUCUUCGUGAACUCGCCCACCCUGGACGAUCCGGAAUCGAGGACGUUACUGGUUUAUCGAGUGCCACCGGGUUUCUGUCUCAACAUCUUCGACCGCGCCAAGAUCAUGCAGCUUCCAUACGGCGGCGGCGGCGGUCAGGCCGCUGGUUUUACCGCCUCCGGCCCCGUCGACAUUAACUCCGUCCGCAUCAGCUUCGCCAAAGGCUGGGGACCCAAGUAUUCGCGACAGGAAGUCACUUCCUGUCCGUGUUGGCUCGAGGUGCUCCUAGCGCCGUGUAGGUGAUCAUCCCCAAGACUGGCCAGGCCGAAGAGUAUCGUCAAGUCCCGUUUUCAACUCGCGCCUCUUGCUCCUCCUCGUCGUCAUCGUCAUCGUCGUCGUCGUUGUUCUCGGAGAGGAUCGGUGAUAAUGAUGCGACGACCGUGGCCUUUAGCUCCGUCCUAGCGAGAGCUGUGUUAAUAAUAAAUAAAAAAGAACACGUGUGUGUGCGCCGGGGGCGAUCCUCAGUGGCGCGUGCCGGGGUCGUCCCAACAACCCCAGCAGUCUUACCAAAGUACACGCCGUUAAAAUAAUACGUUUAGGAACAACGUUGCGUUCCACUUUCGUCAAUAGAAUGAGAGACGGGAACGAACGAGAUCGUUCGCGAGCGUGUUCAUCGAGCGCGUAUGAACGGAGAGAUUCACAUCGAGACUUACAUGGGACUUAGGAUCAUUAUGAUGCGUGCGUUUGAUUCGUAGUUCUUCUUUUUUAAUUUUAUUCUCUGAUUGCUUAGGCGUCGAUGCUAUUCUCGAGAUUCGUGUGAGAAUUUCCGACAGAGGAAGCGUAGAGAGUCGGGCUUCCGGUAGGUCUAGUCACUUGCGUUUAUGGUCUACGCGCGCUAGCUCGCGAAUCGCGCGCGUGGAUUCUGAAUUCAACAUGGCAGGGAAAAUUCUUAGUCUCGUAAAGAUGAAGCAUGAUGUAAAGAGUAACAUCGACGAAACAGUAUGUAGAUAGAGAGUAUCUAUUUCAUGAUCGCUCUUUGAAAAAUAUUUUUUGGAUAAUCGCUUUUGUCAGUUAUUUAAAAAAAUUCAGAGAACAGCAGGGAUUUAUUGGCAUUUAAUAAUAAACAAAGAAGAUAGUUAUCCAAUAUACAUAACACAGAAAAUAAUUGAAUG